AUGAAAGACUCAAAGGAGUUCACACUAAUCUUCUCUGUAUUGGGGCUUUAUGCGCUGUUCCUCUCGUGGUCACUCCUCCAGGAGAGAAUCAACACCAAACCUUAUGGCUACGCAGACUCUCAACCGAUAUUCUUUAGGGCACCUUUGGUGACCAACACCAUUCAGGCACUUUUUGCCUCGUUUGUUGGGUUUGUGUACUCUCUUGUGGCACAUAGGAAGAGUCCGUUUGCCAUUUUCUCAAAUCCAAAGGAACAUGGAAGUACCAGCGGUGCCACAUUCUUCAAGUACUUUGCGGUGAUUGCAUUAACAUCCAGCUUAUCGGCUCCAAUAGGUUAUCAGUCGCUCAAGCACGUUGACUAUUUGGCUUACUUGUUGGCCAAAUCGUGCAAGUUGCUUCCGGUGAUGCUCGUCCACUUUGUGCUCUACAGAACGAAGUUUCCUCCUCACAAGUACAUGGUCGCAGCCAUGGUGACAGCAGGAGUUACAAUGUUUACAUUGGGCCACUCGGGAAGCAAGAAAGAGUCUCUCAAUGAUGGGAAUACGCUCUUGGGAAUGUCACAGCUUGUGGCGUCCAUGCUUCUUGACGGCUUGACCAACUCCACCCAGGAUCAGUUAUUUAAGCUUCGCAGCAAAACGACCAAGGUCACUGGUGCGUCAUUGAUGUGUAUUUUAAACUUGAUGGUGUUUGCAUUGACAUUCUCGUACAUGGUGGCUUUCAAGUUCGACUCAGAGUUGGUGUACACCUAUAACUUCAUCAAAAGCUAUCCAAGAGCAUUAGUGGACAUAUUGUCAUUCGCUGUUUUUGGAGCGGUGGGACAGGUGUUUGUAUUUAUAAUUUUGGAGAAGUUUGACUCCUUGAUUUUGGUGACUGCGACAGUGACUCGCAAGAUGAUCAGUAUGAUUCUCAGUGUGGUCCUCUUUGGUCACCAUUUGAACAUUUGGCAAUGGGGUGGUGUUGUUUUGGUUUUUGGAGGCAUUGGCUACGAGUCUUACGUGAAGAUUGCAUCCAAGAAGGAGAUGAAGAAGAAGAAGAAGGCUGAAUAG